AUGGCAGCGAACGAGAACGAGAAAUCCGGGGAAGGCCAGUGUCCCUCCGGCACUCAGCAAGUGGAGAGCGUAGCCAUCCAGACUGUGGUUGGUAGUGAAAGCUACAAUGAAGCAGCGAUACUGGAACCCCCUCAGCUUACACACCCAACCAACUUGUUACUCAUUCUCUGUUUGAUGGUAGGAUUUUGCUGCCAGACCAUGAAUGGAUUUGAUGGUGCGCUUUUCAAUGGUCUUCUUGCAAACGAUAUCUUCCUAGACUACUUCCAUGGCUCCGAUUCGGGAAUCUGGGCUGGCCUGGUAUCUGCCAUGUACCAGAUUGGAGGCGUUUGUGCUCUUCCGUUCGUUGGGCCCGCCAUUGACACAUGGGGUCGCCGUGUUGGCAUGUUUUUGGGAAGCUUCUUGAUUGUUGUGGGCACCAUCGUGUGCGGCCUCACGAUCUUUAACCCAACUGCUGGUCAAUUCAUGGGUGGCCGUUUCGUACUUGGCUUCGGUGUAUCCAUAGCCUCCGCCGCAGGUCCUAUUUAUGUCGCCGAGACUAUUCACCCUUCUUUUCGCGGAAUGGUCACAGGUUACUGCAAUUCAUUUUGGUUUAUUGGCUCGAUUCUUGCCUCUAGUUCUGUGCGCGGCGGCAUCUCUCUUACUACCAAUGAGUCCUGGCAGAUCCCCGUCUGGCUCCAGAUGGUCUUCUCCGGUGGUAUCAUGUGUACAUGCUGGAUGAUCCCCGAAUCGCCUCGAUGGCUCUAUGUUAAUGGGAAGCAAGAGAAGGCGGCCUCCGUUUUGACAAAAUGGCAUGGUCUAGGGAAUCCCGAAUCAGUAUGGGCCAAGCUACAGGUCUCCGAGUAUGAAGCUCAUUUAAAUAUGUCUGGAUCGGACAAGAAAUUUUGGGACUACAGUACUCUUUUCAAUAGCCGAGCCAACUUUUAUCGUCUUGCAUGCAACUGCGUCUUCGCUAUUUUCGCACAGUGGGCCGGAAAUGGCGUCUUGACAUAUUUCUUAGUUCCGGCCCUCAAGGGUGCUGGCUUUACUUCCUCUGUAACUCAAGCCAACAUCAACUUGGGCUAUUCCUGCUUCCAAUUCUUCUGGUCUCUCAUCGGUGCUGGGUGUGUUGACAAAAUUGGUCGACGUCCGAUGAUGCUUUAUGGAAUGGCCAGCUGCUCUCUUGUUUGGAUCGGAGUCCUUACAGCCUCAAGCCAAGUUACCGAUUCACAAGGCAAUAUCAACUCGGCCGCUUCUAAUGCUACACUUGCCUUCAUUUUCAUAUUUGGCGGUGUUUUUUCUUUCAGCCUGACGCCACUUCAAGCCUUGUACCCUGUCGAAAUUCUGUCCUACGAAAUGCGUGCGAAGGGUAUGGCAUUUUCCUCCCUAGCUGUUAACGCUUCCGGCUUGCUUAAUCAGUUCGCAUGGCCGAUCGCCUUGGCCAAGAUUGGUUGGAAAACUUACAUCAUUUUUGUUGUUUGGGAUGCAAUCCAAACCGUCAUUAUGUAUUUUUUGCUCCCGGAGACCAAAAACCGAACACUCGAGGAACUUGAUGUUAUUUUCGAGGCCCGUAACCCGGUUAAGGAGUCGACGAAACCCACCAGAAUUGCAGUCGAUAUGGACAACAACGUAGUGGGAUUAAAGGGUGACGACGCAUAA